AUGAGUAGUGUGACAUCCAUGGGUACAGAUACGUCCAAGUUAGAUUCUGACCAGAGGGGCAAGCCUGUACAUCUAUCCGACCAACCACGGGGAAACUUGAACAUCAUGGAUGGUAGAUCUGAUCGGAUUGAAUCACAUGUAGCAGCUGAUCAUCAACUGCCUAAACUGACGAUCCCUCAUGAUAUUCAAUUGAGUGUUGAAGAGGAAAUGCGUAGAAUAUUGAGAGAUGAGGAUCCAAUAGACUCCGCCGGAUCCGGAGGACUUAGAGAGUCUGAUGGAUCUGGUGAACUGGAUGAGCUUCAUAACAAUAAUAAUAAUAAUCAUAGUAAUAAUAAAUUGGAGGAUCAAAAUGAAGUAUGCCCAUUGGAUAAACAAACAACUCCAGAGAGUCUGAUAAUACCCACAGAAGAGGCUGCUCUAGGGCCUAGUCAAUCCGCCUCAGCCUCUGAAGACAAGGAUACUUCCAAAAUUUCUGCGUAUGCAAGAUUAGAUUUUGAAAACUUUACAUUUUUCGUUCAAACAUUACAGGUAGUGCUAGGACGGAAGUCCAAUGAUGAACUUCUUCAAUCAUCACACCAUGCAGUGGAUGUUCACCUUUCAUCGAAAAAGGCUAUUUCCAGACGUCAUGCUAAGAUUUUUUAUAAUUUUGGUACUCAAAGAUUUGAACUUUCUAUAAUGGGAAGAAACGGAGCAUUUGUUGAUGAUUUAUUUGUCGAAAAGGGUAUUACAGUUCCAUUAUUGGAUGGUAGUAAGAUUCAAAUAGGUGAUAUCCCAUUUCUGUUUGUCUUACCAUCUUUGGAUCCAUUCGAAGGAGAAGGUAAUAACUCACUAACAGCCAAACCAUUCAACCCUAGUGAUGCUAUUAAUCUUAGAUCGAGUUUAUACAGUGGGACUGGGUCUGCUAGCGCCACAACUCCAUCCACACCAAAUAAAAAGAUAGAGACCAAAAACAAGGAGGAUGAGAUACAGAAAGAUCCAAUAGACAUAAAUCGUCCCGAUCUGAAAUCGAUCGACGAACCCAUUGUUGACAACAAGACUUCACCACCAAUUCAGAGAGAUAUUGAAGAAUCAAGAAAAUCAAUUCAACGGAGAAUGUCACUCUCUAGGAGGAAGUCACUUGCCACUGCAUCCAUUGAAGAAAUAAAUGACAUUUUAAAAGAAUUAGGACCCGAAAUUGAUGCAAUUGACGAGGAAGGAGACGAUAGUGACUUUUUAGAUGCUCAGAUUCAGGCCAUCUUAGAUGAUCAUGGAAGAAGAAAGACUCAACAAUUGGACUUGGAAGACGAUUCAGAUUUAAUGAAAUUAACUCAAUUUACGAAAGCAGAAUUAAAAGAUGAAGAAGAUGAAAUUGACCAGAUGGUCAAACAACACAACCUUGAACAAGGUGUCAGGUUGGAUGAUGAUGAAGAUAUUAAAGAAGAUGGGGAUUUGGCAGCAAUUGAUGAAUUGGCUGGGGAUUCUUCUGGAGUACAAGAUUUAGAUUUAUCCGGCCUCGACCAGGAAAUAGCAACUUUAGCGCCUUUGAUUGAUGCCCACCAUCAGGAAUUAUUAACAAGUAACGAUAAAUUGGGAUUUGUCAAUGGUCUCCCAAAGAAGUCGGUAGCACCUCCUCCAUUUACCAUACACACUCCACCAGCUUCUACCCGAGGUACUCCUUUGAUGGGGAAACCCGCGGCACCAAGAAUGGGUCGUCCAGCUUCUAUCCAACCCCCAGCUUCAAGACUAUAUGGAAGACCACUUUCGAAAACAAGCCCUCAACCCAUGGGUGGUCUCUCGAAAGCACAGCUUGUUAAUAAUCGAUUAACCACUACCACUUCUCCAUUAGCUGGUCUUCCUACUCAUUUAGUUGCUCUGCUGUCUGGAUUACCAUUAAAAGUUGCACAUGGAUCUAAUAUGAUGUUGAAUCAUCAUCAUCAUCACCUUGUGAAGCCAAUGAUGCCACCUAAACCCCCUCCUCCGAUUUUAGAAGCGCCGGUUGUGAAAUUGGCCAGUGACUACGGGAACAAGUUUCCUAAAGUCUCAACCAUUGCAAGAGCAAUUACAACUAGUGUGUCUCCAGUGAAAGUUCUCCCUGCAUGCUAUGCACCACCAGUGGAGGAAUUAAAUAUUGCCCCUAAAUACCCUAGAAAGCGCAAGGAUCAACAUCCAAGAAGGCCAGUUAAAAAGGUAUAUACUUUGGAUGAAAUUCCUGAACAAUAUCGUAUUAAGCCUACUCUUUCAUACCCACUCUUGAUAAGUAACGUGCUUAGAUCAAAAGGUGGAGAAAAUGGCCUUACCACUACUGAAGUUGCUGAAAGUAUUAAGGAAGCCUACCCCUACUAUAAAUAUUGCGCUGAUGGAUGGCAAUUUUCCAUUAACCAUAAUUUGGCACUCAAUCGAGUUUUUAAGAGGAUUAACCAGAGAAAUGAUCAAGAUAAAGAGUGGGUUUGGGGAAUUGAUGAUGCAUUUAUUAACGAUAGACAAAAAGUUAAAGUGAAACAACAGGAAAUCGCGGCCGCUAAGGCCAAGGCAGCAGCUAUACGGGCAGAAGAGAUCAAACAAAAGCAAAGACUUGAAGUACAACAAGCAACCGCAGCAAGUAUUGCCGGGAGACCAGGUGCAUUCUCUCCUUACGCAUUAUCUACAUUGAGUGGCAGGCUCCCACAAUCACAAUUUAUUUCACAACUUCAACAAAGUGGUACCAAUAAGCCAAAGACUAUAGCUGAGCUUGCAAGUGAGAUUAGAAGAGAUGGGUUAGUUGGGUCAAAAGCUCCACUAUACUUCAAACCGCAGGAUUCUGCAAACACAGUCACAGGAAGUAGACCCGGUGGAUACCCUCCAUCGAGCUCCUCAACGCCUACUAAUAUCAAGGCCCAACUUGCAGCAAAUAGAGCUUCGCCUAUAAGCACUUCGGCGGCAUCAACACCAAUUAACAAUGAUACAAAAAAGUCACUUGCAUACUUGCAGAAAGAGUUAUUCACCCUUUAUAAAGCACGUAAGCUCUCCUACAAUACUGCCACCACAACCGAAAUUAUUACAAAGGCCUUAGCUACUACGAUUGCACAAGUUAAUGUUAUUGGAGCUAAAGCCGGCUGUGGUGAUAAUGCUCUCAGUUUUUUGGUUGAAAAGGCUCCACAACAAGUCAGUAAAAUUCUUGACAUUGCUCUUAGCAAGUCAAUUAAAGAGAAACAAGGAAUACUUUCUUCUAGACCGACCAGUCGAAGUAGUACACCUGGCCCAGGGACUCCAAGCAUUUCUAGUCCCAAGAAAACAAUUUCAUCUACUCUGCCACCACCUCCAACUACUUCAACUUCGAAUGCUACAGCACCUUCACCUGCUUCAACUCCUACAUCUUCGAUGCCACUGAAAACUAUUGCAGCACCCACACCAAUUGCAGCAACACCUUAUUCAAAACCUCAAGCAAUGACUAAACCACCAAGUUCAUCUAGUUAUAACAAUUCCUCAUCAAAUGGAUUAGUUAAACCUCCACUGUUUAAUUCUAAACCUCCAACAUUUAACAAACAAGAACUGACAUCAUUGUCACGCCCACCCCAAUUCACCAGUGCAAAUUACUCAACUGGAUCAUCAACACUUUCAAGACCACCGCCACAAUUUCUUUCCAACAAACCCCCUUCAAGACCUUCAUUCCAAAGUAAUAAAACGUACUCCGAAGGACCCAAACCACCAGCAUUCUCAGGACCAUCCCAACAAUCAACAGAUAAAAAUAUUGGAGAAAAGAGAGAACAUUCAAAUGAUGAAGAGGAAAAUCGAAAGAAGAUUAUUAAGAUUGAAUAA